GUCAUCGCUCAUUCCGGUGGCUGCUACUUCCCCAGGCUUGACUCGUUGCGCUCCUGACGAGUGACGGUGUAACUAGUUGCCGCCAGAAGCACACCGCCAUUCCUCUUUCACCGGCGUAGGAAUCGAUGGCUAAUUCUCUUUGCUGUCGGGGUCCUCUCCUAAGGAGUUUCUCCGGGCUCCGAUUGGGUCAUCAGUUGCGACGGGGAGCGACGAAGAAUAAUCUCCUCAACGGCAGAUUACCCUCCUGUACCGCACGGAAUGAUCGAAGCUCCUUAAAGCCGCACGCAACGCGGUGCGAGGCGUCAGAGACAUCAACCAGCUCCAGAUCGCACGAAGCGGGAGCGAAUUCACGGCUUCCCCUGUUCGGUUCUCCCCAUCGUCCCAUCAUUCAGACUCCUGCGUCCAACACCCCUCUGCACGUUACCAGGGCUCGCAGGGGCUUCCUCUCGGAGCUGCAGUCCAUCAAAGACGAGGAGAACGUCGCGGGACCCAUUACAUUCGAGUCCCCUCUGGACAUAGUUCUGUACCCGGACCCGCGCCUGCGAGCGCCCAACAAGCGGGUGAAUGUCUUUGAUGAGUCGCUGCAGAAGCUGGUGGCGGAGAUGCUCGACAUCAUGUACAGGACGGAUGGCGUGGGGCUGGCAGCGCCGCAGGUGGGGGUGAACGUGCGGCUCAUGGUGUUCAAUCCAGUGGGGGAGAGGGGCAAGGGCGUGGAGAUGGUGCUUGUGAAUCCGCGCAUUGUCAAGUACGCCAAGGCGCGGGAUGUCAUCGAGGAGGGCUGCCUCUCCUUCCCUAUGAUUUACGCCGAUGUCGAGCGGCCAGUGGGUGUGAAGGUGGAUGCUCAGGAUAUCAACGGUCGGAAAUUCUCUAUCAGCCUCAAGGAGUGGCAGGCGCGCAUAUUCCAACAUGAAUAUGACCACUUGGAGGGGACCCUUUAUUUUGACCGAAUGACUCCAGAAGUUCUUGACACUAUCCGCAGCAAGCUUAUUGAGUUGGAGGACAAGUAUGCUGAAGCCACUGGUGCUCCAACGCCCGAGUCGGUUGCCAAGAGACCAACUGCUGCCAAAACCACGAGCCCUGAUGUUGCAUCGACUCUUUCCCCAUGAUUUGUGCUGGAGAUGCAAUGUUUUACCCUAGCUCUUAUCUUAAUUACAAUGUGUCAUGGAAGACUGAGAACUCUGAGACUGUAGCAAUAAAGUUCACGGUAUAAAAGGUUCAGCGAACUCUGUCAGCGUGUAUCGAGUAUACCCUUUCUUAGGAAUUGCC